CUGUACUACGCCAACAUUUCUGUAGGCAAUCCCAGCCAAGUGCAGGCAGUAUUGAUCGACAGCGGAAGUAACGAGCUACUCUUCACUGCUGCAAACGCUACUGCCUGUAAGACUAGAAAUGGUUGCGCCGGUGGUACUUUUGAUGUUACAAAGUCGUCGACUUUUGAUGUGGUUACUCGUGGCGGGCUGUCCAUUGGUUUUGAGGACUCCUCCAAAAAGAAAGGCGAUUACUUUACAGAUGAGGUACAGAUUGGCGAAAUAUCUGUUACCAACGCCCGACUAGGGAUUGCCUAUGAAGUGUCUGAUCCAACUGGCAUGAAUACUGGAAUUAUGGGUCUUGGCUACGCGAAUAACGAAGGGUCCAACAAGUCCGAACCGUAUCCGACCUUCCUCGAUGCGCUCGUCCAAUCCGGAGCUAUUGAGUCGCGUCUGUAUGGCAUUCAUCUUAAUCAGAUCAAUUCAAGUGGCUCAAUCAUCUUUGGUGGCAUCGACAUAGCAAAAUUCCAAGGCCCGAUGACCACUCUCGACUGCCUGCUCGAUGGUAGAAAGACAGCCACGGAACACAAACUAAAACUCGAUAAAAUCACGGUUAACCCUCACGAUGAAAACAGCGAGGAGCUGUUACUCUCUUCUGGCCAGGUUCCUCAUGCUGUCUUCUUGGAUUCAGGAAAUGCCCGUUGGUUUGUACCAGAACCUGUGUAUAGGAAAAUCCUUGUAUUGGCAGGAGGCAGGCGUGUGAGACCUUGUAGUGAAGUUGUUCAUAGUGCAUUCAACAUAACUCAUUUUCAGCUUACCUUUUCUGGCGAUGGC